AUGAUCAAAAAAAUUCCGUUACAUAUUCUUGAGAGUUGCAUUAAUGGUGUACCACCUAAAAGAAAGUUUACAGAGGCAACAAGAAAGUUCGGCUACAGUCGUCAAACAAUCAGUGCUAUAUGGAAGACAUCAAUGAUCCAAAUUCAAUCAGGUAAUCCCAUUAAUGUCAUCAAUAGGAAAAGAGUUAAAAUACAAUUAAAAAGAUUAGCAUUUGAUCCAGAAAAACUAAAACAAGUUCAAGUAUCAAAAAGAGGAACAUUUAGAAGCAUAGCCAAGGAGAUGGAUGUGAGCAAAAGUAUUGUUGGGAGGUGGUUCAAAGAGGGAUUGAUCAAGGCUCAUACAAAUGCAAUCAAGUCAACAUUAAAUGAUAAAAAUAGGUACAAUAGACUGAAGUUUAACUUAUUAUCAUUAAAGGUUGAUAAUGAUCAGAAAAUCACUAAGCUCAAAAGUAUGCAACUAAUAGUUCAUAUUGUUGAGAAGUGGUUCAAUCUUACAAGAACCAAUGAGAGAUACUAUCUUGUACCUGGGGAAGAAGAACCAUAUAGGACUUGUCAAAGAAAAAGGUUCAUAACCAAUGUUAUGUUCCUUUGUGCAGUGGCAAGGCCCGUAUAUGGGAUUAAUGGUGAGUGCUUAUUUGAUGGUAAGAUUUGA